UGCAGGUCGAGUCCCGGGAAACCUCUGAAGCCAAGGCUCCGAGUCUCCGGGCCGCACGACGAACGCGGAGGGGGAUUAGAAGCUCAGCUUACAGCAGAGGAGAAUCGUCUGUUUUAGUCAGAGGUCAGCGUGGGAACAGCUGGCACACGGCGUGGACGCGGGGAGUUGCUGUCGUGCCUUGCGUAAAAUGCGCGCUGGAGAGGGAGGCAAGGGACGGUGAGAGCCGAGGGAAAGCGGAGCGCUUCGUGAAAGAAGAGGAGAGGAACUGUUGAUGUUUUUGGGUUUUUUGGUUUUUCUUUCCCUCGGAUUGGUUGUUGAGAGAACACUAGCGGGAUCUCCACGCCGGGGUUUCUGCUGGAAACGACCCGCUUUCGAAGUGUUCACCGGAGCUUUUCCGGUGAACUCCGACGCACCGCUGGCUCCUGAAACAGGUCCCAGAGAGUCUCAUCCUCGCCAAAGCCACCAGGAAGCUAUGAGGCACGGAGUUCAGAAGUCACAGUGGUGGAGUUCUACUUUUAAUUAAAGGUGACGCAAACUCCUUUCAAAUGAAAAGACGGCGUGUACUUACUGAACUCUCGUAGGGCUUUUUUUUUAAAAAAAACUUGCAUUCAGCUAUCAAGGAUUUCUUUCCCCGAACUGUUGACUCCAUGGUUUGGAUGUAAAUAAACAUUCAAAGCCAAUGCUGAGGAGUUGAAAUAUUGCCUUUACCGCCUGGAAGAGUGUUUCUGCCAUUAUUGAGACCCAAAUAAAGGUCAGUGCUCCUUGAUCUUAUGGUCACGUUUCUCCUUGGGUUGUUUGUUCUUCAGACUCUGGAGUUUUUUCUAGUCAAAGCUUCUGGGUUUCCUCCUCAAGCACAUCUUUUAUUUUUCACAAGGACUACAUUUAAACCCAAUUUUACUCAGAAUAACUCGCCAGGAGGAAGAGGAGGGAACCAAAGCCACAGUAGGGCAGAUGGCUUUUGUGCUCCAAAACAUCAAUGGCUGGAUGAAUAAAACAUUUGAAGAGGGAAAGUAUCAUGACAUCUGGAAGUGAGGAACUUUGAGGACCACUCUGCUCGCCGUUCUCACGUUUCUGUCCCUCUGUGGACUCAGGAGUUCAGCCGGUCAGUAAAACAGACAGAAACAAGCCUGCUCUCCGGCUUAUUUCUCCUUUAUUCCACCUUGCUGUACCCCGCGCACCGCUUCGCCUUAUCCUGCUCCCAUCUUCUCCGCCCUCCGGCUCUCCGUCUCCAGCGCGGCGUGUAAUGGUGCGUCCCCUCCUCUCGGCCCUGGAGACAUGCCUGUACAGGAGAUGGCGGUGAGUCCUGUCAAGUCCCUGCACUGGGAGCAAUUCCCCCCCAUGUCGCAGCGCCGUGUCUACUGCACGCCUGUAUACCAUGAGGGCCUGCUCUACGUGCUUGGGGGCUGCAGUGAGACCGGCAUGCCCCUGGACAGCGUGGAAGUCCUGGACGUUGAGAGCCAGACAUGGAGCCAGCUGCCCCCGCUCACCACUGCGCGGGCGGGGGCUUCAGCCGUGGCUCUUGGGGGACAGGUGAUGGUGCUUGGAGGAAUGAACCAGCAGCAGACCCCACUGGCCUCUGUGGAAAUGUACCACCCCGACGAGGGCAAGUGGGAGACGAAGGCCAGUCUAGGUCAGCCUUCUAUGGGAGUCACCGCCGUGGAGAGAGAUGGGAAGGUGUUCGCCCUGGGCGGAAUGGGAGCAGACACAGCACCUCAGGCUUUUGUUAAAGUCUACGAAGCAGAGAAGGAUCAGUGGCAGGCCACCACCUCCAUGCCCACGCCACGCUACGGAGCCACGCCCUUCAUAAUAGGAAACAGAAUUUAUGUGAUGGGUGGUCGUCAGGGAAAGAUGCCAGUAACGGCACUGGAGGCUUUCGACCUGGAGAUGAAGAGCUGGACUCGGUACCCCUGCAUCCCCAGCCGGAGGGCGUUCUCGUGCUGCGCUGCCAAUGAGCGCAGCCUGUUCAGCCUGGGUGGGCUCCAGCAGCCGGGGCCUCAUAAUUUCUACUCCCGACCUCACUUUGUCAGCACUGCAGAGGAGUUUGACCUGGAUCAAGGUGUUUGGAUCAAACCCAGCCGAACAUCCAGGAUGCGGGAAAAGAGGGCGGACUUUGUGGCAGGAUGCCUUGGAGGAAGAGUCAUCGUAGCUGGUGGUCUGGGUAAUGAGCCAUCGCCCUUGGGCUCAGUGGAGAGCUACAACCCAGUGAAGCGGCGCUGGGAGUAUGUGGCCCCCAUGCCCACUGCACGAUGCUCUUCUGCUCUGCUGCAGACGACCAGCAUCCUCUUUGUGAUUGGAGGAGUUGCCCAGGGACCCAGUAACGCUGUGGAAGCCCUCUGCUUACAGGAAACAGUGUGAUGCAGGCACAAAAAACCCUGAAAUUAAUGCAAACCGGCACCAAUAUUUUCUUCACUCUAGAACAUGCAGGAGUUGGAUCGCACUCAGAUGCUUUCUCACUUUGAUAGGCAACAAUGGAUUCCACUUACACACUGGGAUGUCAACGACUCGUUUUGGCAUUGAAGAAGUGUUUUCAGAGCUGGACCGUGAAGCAGAUUACUGUCCUGGCAAAGACAGGAAACUGAAAGCUUUUAUACUCCGGGGAAAUCAGAGCGAGAGAAAAAUGAGCCAAACAACAAACCGACACGGACCCGGUUUCUGAAGAAACAACCCGGCUUUGAACUAUUGAGCAUUUUUUCAGAAUAAAAGCAGGGUACUUUUCUGGAUACUAAAAGGAACAUAGGGCCAUAUCUGAAACGCUUCUUAGCAGCAGCGCCGUGCUCUGCUUUCAUGGCAACAGCUCGCUCCCACUCUUUUCUAGAACCUCAGAGGCAGCACUUGGUUGAGUUGUAGAUGGUGGCAUUCAGAGAGUGUGGAUGUCUGUUGUGGUUCUUUGUUCUGUUAGAGUGUCGUAAGUGUGAACACUACCGCUGCUAACAAUCUUUACAACGGCAUCAACAACGAUGUUUUCGAUGUCUUCACACCACAAGCGAGUCAAAGGCCUGCCAGUCAGAUAAAAAACAUCCACUUUGUUCCAACAGGGGCCCCAUCUUGAGCACAAUCACACUUUCCUUGAUUGAGGAAACAGUGAUUGUGGAUAAGCUUGUCAGCACUUUGCUUCGCCUCACAUCUCUCCAUCUCUACGCCACACCAAUCAAUCACAGAACUCCAACCAACACUCACAUUGCAGUGCAGAGAUGAUUUUUGCUUGGUGGAGUGAAUGUAGAGCUACCUGCUGCACUGAAGCAUCCUGGGAAAUCAGCUUUCUGUCACAUGAUGGGGUAUUUUCUCUUUAACGUUGACAGUUCACUUUAUUACAAACGUCAGCUUGAUGUCAGUGAGAUGAUGGAUGUGGAUGUUUUAAGGUAAUCAUAUCAGAGUUUACUAAGAAUGCACUGAGUCGGAGACAAAAUCGUACAACAUGUUGAAGUUAGGAUGCUAUUUUAAUCUAUGAUUUUUUUAAACUCUUGAAUUAUUAUUAUUUCAAGGCACUUCUACAAGUGCAGCAGUCCUGCUGCUAGGAUUGCCAAAUACAAUUCUUGUAUUUCAGAGGUCCAACCGAUACAAGCAAAACUUAGUGGAUCAUUGAUGCUUUCUUAGGAAUUAAGAGUAAAAGUAGCAGUCAGCCUCUUCAAGUCAAAAGCAUAUUAGAUUUUUCCUUUCUGACGCAUUUAGGUGUAUGCUAACUCAAUGUCAAGCAGGAAUGAGAGACACACAGUGUUGGUGCAGUGCUUAAGCGUUAGCAGAUGUAAUGUUUCUGAUUAAUUCCUGAGGUUUAGCAUAACUCUUGGUCUUUGCUUUCAGGUAGAGUUAGUGGUAAUUGUUUUUGUCACUUUUUUAUGUUUGUACAUGAAGCAGAGUUAGAAUAACUGUUGAAUUGUGUCAUGACGGUUAAGUGAAAGGCUUUUAAAAUUCCACAGAAAUAAUCAAGUUGGUUAAUAAGUGAAUUAAGUCAUGCGUCACUGCUGAUGUUCACCAUUAUUACUUUAGGGGGCUUUCUACCUCCCUUACUGGGAGGAUUGUUCUAGAAAGCACUCAAAUUGUCAGUGGGCAGUUUCUCCGUUUACACCCAGUGCACUAUAAAACAGCAGUCAGUCUCUGCUGGUUCAGGGGAGCAAAAAAAAAAAAAAGACAAUUUGCAUUAUAAAGCUGAGUCAAUACGAAGUAAAACAUGUAAAAACUCCUGUUUUCAUCACAGUUGGAGUCAGUUUAGCUCUCUAGGUGAAAUUAGCUUCAGUUCAUUGCUGCCUGGAGAAAGUUUAAUUGAAAUUGUCAGGUUGUUAGGAGGCAUGUUAGAACAAAGACACUUGGAAAUUAAAGCUGAUUUUGUUUAGUUUUAAAGAGAAUUCACAGAUAAUACUAAACUUUAACAGUCCAACACAAAAUAAAAGUUGAGCCACACCCACUUAUCUAACUAUAAGGAGUGUAAUUUAUUAAGUAAAAUCAAAUGAUUCCAGAUCAUUUAGAUGCAUUACACAAGGAGAGAGCUGCCUCUGGCCAUCGUUAAAAGAGUUUUGUCUUCGCGUUGAACACACGCUCACGCUGUUCACCGUCUCGUCCAGCUCGCAGGUUUUUCUUGCCUGUUUGGUGACCGACCUCACUAACAGAGUCAGACAUCUACUGCUGUUGGAAAGCUCAGAUAAAAUACCAGCCGACAAGCCGGUUAUUUCUGGCGCUGCACUCCGUGCUCCUAAUUGGACACGUUAGGCACGAGUCACCGCGUAUACGUCCACGGAACAGUCCACACGUUUACUCUGCUGUCCAUACAGGGAACGGAGCCUGGAUGAAUGCGUUCUGAUUCAUUUCACCACAUAUUCAGGUUUAUCUUCUAUUUGCUUCACAUUUGUGCCUUGCACAUUCAUAUUUACUGACAUUAGGUAACCCACAAAUAGCAAAAAUGUUAGGACGUAAAAUAACACAACAUAUAUAAAGACUCUGGCUGUGUGGGAUUUAAUUGAUAUUUCAAUGCCACCCUCUUCCUCUGAGAGCCUGUCACAUUAAAAUAAUCCUAGGCAUAUAAAAAUAUUUUAUAAAUUAUUUAGCAACUUAGAGGCAGCUGAACUAGUUGCAGGCAAAGCUUGGCAGCAGCUGUCUUUAUCUAGCAGACAAGGCGCAACAUUACACUUCAUUUUCAGUGAUGUUUCUGGCAGCCUGUGGCUCAACCUGGGUAAACUGUGACUCUUUAGUUCUCCAACCUGACCCCUGAGUUGUUUGGUGCUAAACGGGUCAUAAACAGUUUAGGUGUGAGAGAUUUAGACCAAAGGGUAUGGAGAGAACAGCAGUCAGUCAGGUCACCUUUAUGUAAUUUUUUGCAUAGGCAGAUUUAAUAUUACAAAUCUGGCCCAAUGGUCCUUUGACCAUCUUUUAUACACCUCUGUGUAUAAUAGAUGUUCCUCUGAGCUUAAAGGCCUCUGGAAGAGAAUCCAGUAAAAAUCAAUUAUGUCUUGUUCACACAGGAGGAUUUUAAAAUGAUUGGCUGAUUUUACAAACCUGAGAGACCAAACACAUGGCAGUAGAAAAUCUACGGUACAACAGUUUUGGUUGUACAGUGUGUGAAUCUGCAUAUAUGAUUGGAUUUAAAUGAUUUAUUUAUUUAUUUAUUUGCGCAAGGUCGACACAGUAGUUUUAAGUGCCUUGAAACGACAUUUGUUGUGAAUCUGCCGGUAUAUAAAUAAAAUGAAUCGAAGGAACUGAAUGGUUUGAGGAGCACAACAACAAGUUUGAGGUGCUGACUUGCCCUCCAGAUUCCCCAGAUCUUAAUCCAGUUGAGCUUCUGUAAGAUGUGCUGGACACAUAAAUCUGAUCCAAUGGAAUUUACAGGCCUUGAAGGAUCCACUGCUGUCUUUUUGGAAAUUCAGUGGUUCAAAAAGCAGAAUUAAAGUCUGACUACAGUACAUAUCAGGAAUGACAGCCGGGGUUUGUGUGUAAUAGAGGACCUGAUUCUGUAGUGAAAAGGGAAACUGGAUCUUUAAAGUUUCUGCUAAUUCAAAUUACAAUGGAAAUUUUAGUGUUUUAGAUCUGAAGACAAGCAAUAACAACGUUCCCAGCUGCUUACUUUCUAAGUUUGAUGGACAACCUAAGCAGUCUCUCUUUUAUUUGAAAUGUGAAACAGACAGUAUAAAGCUGGUGCUUUGAUUUGUAGAAAGGACACACACAUGCUGGGUCAUCAAAGCCCAGGAUCACAGCAUGGGGGGGACUACAUUAUGAUCAAAGCCAAUUCAAGGGGCUUAUUUUAAACCAAAGAAAUUAAUUAUUUACAGUUGGUAAAGGUGUGUAAAAAUAUCUGUUAUAGCACUGGCUUAUCCUCACACUGGAAAUGUUUUGAAAAACCCUGCAUUUCAUUUAAGUACAUUUCCACAAAUGGGAAAAACAUCCCACCGAAAAUCAUAGUUACAGAAUUGCUGUUGCUACAUUUGUCAGCACUACUAUUGUUAUAUUUUAAAAUUGUAUAAUACCUCUUGGUGAAUAGGACUUUGUCCUGUUCAUUUUAGAUCUUUUCCUACUUAAACACAAUGAUACACUGGUCAUUCAUAUCCAGGUGUGUUGGAGUAUGGACAAAACAGGCUGGACGAAUGACUGAAAUGGAUGAAUUACUGCCAAUCAACUAAGAAACAGUCUACUGCCACCUAUUGGCCAGCGUAUGAACUACAUCUGGCUGAGCUUCAACAACUGUAUUUAGCUGUUAUGAAGAAAUAGAAUGGCAGGAAGAGUGAAGCGAGCCACAUUAAAAUAAAAUAAAAAAUACUGUAAAAUAAUUAUUUUAAACUGGAAAUAAAUAGAGAAAUAAUUUAUUAAAUAUAUAAUUAACUAUACAUGCCUCAAUUAAAAGCUAGAUAUAAUUGUGAAUUAAUAAGUUCAGGAGCGUGGUGACGGUCCUGCGUGUAGGAAGCCGAGUUCAAACUCACUCACUAGCUAGCUAGCUAGCUGACACCGGCUAACGCUCUUUUCGUGAUUAGUGAUGUUUCAGACCAAAGUAAAAAUAUAAAGGAUGGAGUUGCUCACACAGACUUUGUAGUAAAUACAUUUCAACCAUUUAGUUAGGUUAUUGAAGUUAUUUCUGCACUUUCCAGCGAAGAUAUUGACCUCAGAAUAAAAGCAAACUAAUUAUUCCAUGAAGUUGUCCUGGCAUGCUAUUUGAAGCAGUGGGUUUCAACCAUCAAGCCCAGUGACGUUGACAGUUCCUAUAUAUCAUGUUAUGCUUCAGCAGCAUGAAAUGCGCAUCUAGUUUUUAAAACAAAAUCAAAACAUUUAUUUCAGGCAUAUAUAACUAAUUCUAAAUGUUUCUGAAUUUAUUAGCAGUUUUGAAAAAAUAUUGACAUUUAAAUAAUGCGUUACUUAUUUACAGUUAAUUCUUCCCUCUUCAUAGCAAGAAUUGUAAAACAAUUUCGCAACCCUGUUUGUCAGCAGCUGUUUUGACAAUAUAAUCCACACUAAAGACGGGAAUAUUUUUGUUUGAUUAUGAAUCUUACGUCCAAUUAUUCUAAAUGUUACUAAUUUGCCUCAUACUUAGAUUUAAAUAUAAUGGGUUUGCUAUAUUCACAUUAACCAUCUCGGUUUAAUUUAAUUGUGUUUUGACAACAAAAACACAAUUAAUUAAUUUUUUAGUCAUAGAUGAAUAGCAACAUUAGGGUGUUAAAUACACACUAAUUAAUCAAAAGUCUAACAAUUACAUUUUUUUAGCAAUUAUUUUCAGCAUAAAAAACAACAACAAAAGAACAGCCCAACUAAAGAAAGUAACUGAAAUGAAAAGUUGAAUUUUUCAAAAACAUUAUGCCACUACAUCUAAACUUUUAUUCACUUCAACAAACUGUAGAACACACAGAUUCAAAUAUUUCAUCAGCUUGGGAGACGUUCAACCUGCUAACUGUGAGUCUGCUCUCCUGGAGGAGAGCCAGUGUAAUAUAAACAAAACCUUCAGGAUAGAUCUGAGCUCAAACAGAGUUAAAAGCAGCCUGUUCUCUGCACAUCAUCACCGCACACAGCUUUAAAAUGGAAAACAUUAAGCUGUGCAGCUUUGGCUGAUGCACACUGAGCCUAAGAGUACCUACAUCCAAAAUUUAUGUGCAUCUGUGUCAUUGUGUCACCUUGUGGAUGUGCGGCUGUUCUUAUGAGUCUGCGUGGGCGCAUGAAUGCAAAUCUACACACACCACGAGGCGUCUGCAGGAUCCGUACAGCCCUCCUCUGCAGGGAUUCUGUCUCUCUAGUUCUCUCAUCCAUUUUUCCACGUCACCCUGCGGUCCGGGGCGACGUGCUGGAGCUUUGCCAGAGCCAACUCUCUCAUGUUGGAAGCAUAAAUUUUUCUUUUCUCUCUGCCUCUCUGUCCCUGUCAGGAUCAGGCUGCUCCGCUUAGAUGACGUCCUAUAAAUCUAGAAUCAGUUUCCAGGUGAAAAGAUGCCUCUGAGGUCUGCCUCAUGUGACCGCGUGUGCUGUUUGCACAUCGGGGGUGAGUUCUCCUUUGUAACAGCAGGCUGAGAUGGAGAACAAAAGAGCAGGAUGCUUCAGUGCAGGUAGCAGCUAAUUACAUGUUGUGCUGUUUCAGAGGGCCACUAGGCGAGUGACACCAGCACAAUCUAACGGGAAUGUUGAAAGCCAAAUCAGAGUGUCGUAUGAGGGCACAACAUCAGCGGAGAGUAAAAAAUGAUGAAACGUUUGAUAAAUCUGCAGAACCUGAGGCCAUUUUAUAAACACAAAUGAUUUUGUGCCAGUCUAUCACAGAGUCAUUCAUUUUCGAUCCUCCUCACUACCGACUGACUUCACACACUUUGAUCAUCUUACUCACAAGCUGCGUUUCCAAGCUGCGCAAAACUUUCAGUGUUCUGUUAAAGUCAAAAACGUACAAUUUUGCGGUGUUUCAGUUAACAAAGGAUGAAUGAAAUGAAAAUCACACCUGAAUAGGUUCAAAAUCCACCUCAUCUUAACGCUAAAACUUUUCAUUGAUUAACAGCUCUUUUGUCAAAAUUGCCGUAUUUUCAUUAAGCUAAUCCAGUUCAGAAAUUUCAGAUUGCGCAGCUAGUGGUGAGACUUUCACUAGCUCUGUCUCCAUUGACCACAGAAAUUGUGCAAAUUGGAAUUAAGAAAAUAAGUUAAUUUAAUGCUAACACAGCAAUUUUGGUAAAGGUCACGUUUUUCAAUAAAAAGUUUCAAAAGCUGGCAGAAAAGAGGAAGUGACAUGAGGACGAUGGCACGGCAUGAUUUUAAUUGUGUUUCUUAAAUAAUGGAAACACCGCAGUUGGGAAAUUGGGUCUUUUCGACAUUAAUGGAAUAUCGACAAGGUUUUGCUCACAUUUGUAAUGGAAACGCAGCUAUUGUACCCAUAAGAGUGGCCUUGUGUGUCCUUACCUCUCUGAUCUGCAGAUACAUCGUACCCCAUCUCGUCCAAAACGCAUUUUUGUUUUUGAUGUUGGCAUGUUUUGUGCCUUGGUUCCCAACUAUAGGGCCCAAAGACUCAGGUUCUGACAAACAAUUUCUAAAUAGGGAGAAGAUUAAAAUUUUGUUAAUUCCAGUGUGGGCAACAUUAUGUCCAUUUCCUGGGUAACGGGGAAGACCCACUGGUAGCAUAAAUAUGUUUCUCUUAUAUUUGCAUAUCGUCUCCAUCUGUUCCUGUUUUUCUUUGCGAUAGAUGCUGGACAUGUGAUACACUUUUUAUUUCCUAAUUGUUCUUGUUUAUGCUCCUUUAUUUCCUCUCCAGUUGUUUGUGUUGUGGACUGAGGUGACCGACGUUGUGGUGGUGUUGCCCACUGUGGGCUGGGUUCCCCCCAAAGUGUUUGUUACUGGUUGUGUCUUCUUAAAAUGCUUUCAAGCAAGCAGAUUAAUCUUUUUUUUUUAAUGUGCAAAAAACAGUCUAAACAUGUCUAAUUGUACUGUUUUGGUUGUGUAAAACUCUUAGAGAAACUGAAAAUUUUAUGAAAUGAAAGAUACGGUGCUUGCCAAAAUGUACAAGCACCUUGAAGUUUUCCGCCUUUUGUCACAUUAGAGUCACAAACGUCAAAAUAUUGCUCCUGAAUUGAAUGUAAAAAGAACAUGCUGUGCAUUUGUAUUCACCAUGAAUCAAUGCUUUUCAGGUUUGAGGAUCCCACAUACUCGGGCAUACUGUGGCGUAUUCAUUUGGCAGUGUUGACUCCGUACACACUGUCCAUGGACGGUUGAGAUGUUAUAGUCGAGCGAACCAAUUACAUCAAUUUCUCGUAACAAAUUCCUUCAUUUCCCACAAUCCCAAUGGACAUUAGCUAGCUUGAUGAGCUGACUUCGUGCCUAGCCCCGUUUUUUCUCCACCAGGGCAGCCAGCGCAAAACUGAUAGUGCGCCACAAAGUGGCAACGUGGCUUGUUACUGUUUGCACCGACUUUCAGUCUUAUCAGCUUAGUGUUGCAUUCAAAAUAGUUCAAUGUGACCACUGUUUCACACUGAGCAGCUUCCUGUGUGACACCACAUACGUAGACGUCUCCAAUGAGUCCGCAGAGUGAAGUACGCCCGUGUAGUUGGGUGACUUUUGCUGAAAUUUGGAGCACCAAGGCAUUUAGGACAUGGCUCUACAAGCUUUGCUCAGGCAGAAACUAGACAGUUUUUAUUUGCAAAAUAGCAAAGAAAGUCAAGACAUCAUCGGUCAAGAUGAUUAGCAAACAGGAGUUUGGAAGAGCUGCCAAAGAUUUGUGAGAUUUAUGAGAAUAAAGUAACAAAAUUAUGAAAAUAACGUCAAAAUAAUGCAAGAAUGAUUUUAUUCUAGUUAUAUUAUGACUAUACUUGUAAUACUACAACUUAUUUUUUUCUUAGCCUGGCCCCAAUACUCCUUUGUAUUAAUGUCUCAAAAGGCGAAAACAUUUUUUAGAAGUAUUAAUACUUUCACAUGGCACUGUACUGUGUGGAGCCAAGUACACGAGUCAGUAGUAGUCGAUUUCUAUGUCAACAAAUUAUUGUUUGUAUUUAAUUCCUUUUUUUUUUAGUAGGCUUAGCAAAUGAAACUCAACAAAUCGUAUGUUUUUUUUUUUUUGUUAUGGAAACAAGACCCUGCCCAGUUGUGAAGCCAUAAGUGUCAUCUGUCAUUUCACUGCUUCAUGUCAAACUAGAGCCUGGUUUGUACAGACGGGGAAAAAAAACCCUGAAUAUUCUUGCUUUUAUUAUAUCUCACUGUACUGUGAUGUUUCCCUACAGUGAUGGUAGAAAACCUGGUGAAAACUGCUUUGUGGUCUCAGUGGCUCAGUAUUGCCAUGUGCUCUGUGUGUAUAAAAUGUUUUGGGAGGAGCUUAAGAACGAACUCGUCAAUUUAUAUGGCUAAAUUCAGACGGCGUGUGGGGAGAUGUAACAGCAGUUACAUUUUGCUUGUUCAUGUUAAGCAGGUUAAGAUUUCUUUUUUAUUCUUUUGAUUGAAAAUGUAAAAAAAAAAAAGAACACAUCUCAAAGCUCCUUCAAUGAGACUAACCACACACAGAAACUAUGCACCUAAAACACAGCAGCAGCUGGAGCCGGAUGUGAACCCAGCUAGCAUGACUCGAAUUCAUCCAUGACUCAAUUAUUGACGUUUAUUCAUUUACCUUCAGCGAGACAAUCAGUUUCAGUAAAGUCCUUCUAACGGUCUCAGCAAUAUUUUUAGAACACUAAAUUAAAUUUGUAAGCACACACACACACCACUCAUUUCCCACACGGACAUCAGAUUUUUAUAAAUCAUGUCAGAUUGGGUAUGAUCUCCCCCCGCGGGUCAGGGAGAAGCAUUUCACAGCCCGAUGAGGUGACCGGGGCCGAAUAAGGAAAAUACAAGCUUGAGGUAAGAUUUGUAGGAUGUUGCUUGGCCCUGAACCUGAACAAUCUCCACCAACAGACAGAACAUAUCUCAAACGCUGCUCAAUAAGUCUUUUAUUUGGUGAUGAAAUGAACUAGGAAAUGUUUUCCUGACAUGAAAAGUGAAAUAAAAGGAGAAUUAAAUACAUAACAAAACUGACACUCAUCCUUUGACCAGAUCUGUUAAUCUCAAUUAGACCUUAGUAGCUUUCUGUCUGAUUUUCAUUUAUACAACAUCAGCAUGUACAUGUGGCGGUAUGGAAAUUGCCUAAACUAAUAGACCUUUUCAGUUCUAAUUGAAACAAGUUGAUUCUUCACAUUUUAAUACAUUGAAUGUUUCUUCAUGGCUUGUUAGAAACUGGAUUGUGGCAAAUUUGGAAAACUUUUGUAAUUGUGAAGGGAUUUAUGAUAUUCUUGGUUAACAUGUCCUGCACUCAAUGUUAGCAUGGUGUGGUGGUGUUGCUCCUGAAUAUCUCAGUUCGCUCAACUUCUUGGUGUAAUCCUGUCCCUCUGAAUGAAAACAAGUUAGCCAAAAGCUAGCAAAGGAGUCACAUUUGCUUAAGGUUGUUUCCACCACCUUGUUUCGCUAUACAUGGGAGGUUCCUGGUCCUCCACCAUUAGUUUCAGCUUAGCACUAGCACUUUUAUACUUGAACAGGCUUCAAUAUUUAAUCAGGUUAGCAGCUACAGGGGUUUAUAUAUUGUUGGCUAACAGUAAAGGUUCCAUCUCUGCCGAAUCCACCACAUACUCCCUUUUUCCUUCCAUGUCAAGUAGGCCUGGCCAUAAUGAGAGAAAUUAUUGUUGGCAUCCAAAUAGCAAAAGAUGGACAGUGCAGAACCUGGGUUUGGUUGUUGAGUUAAUCCUAUUAGCUGUAGCGAGAUGGAGAGUAGGACCCAGUUAUCAGCCAUCCCCUCAAAGCAUUGGUAACACCUAGCAAGAGUAAAGCCAACACCUGUACACUGGGUUGUGGAGGAGCUGAUGUUGUUGUCCAGGCAUGUGACCAGUGUGGGAAGUCUUGCUUCAAAAUCCUACACAAACGAGCCACACCAGUGCUGCAAACAGGACCCAGAUACUUCCGAAGCUCUCCAAAAACUACAACUCUAAAAUGAUUAAUGCGUUACUGAAGACCAUGCAGAUUUCAGCCUAACCGCAACACCUUCAUCCAGUGUUUCAGGGGGUGCUGGUAAUAUCUGAGCUAAAUGAAGAUUCAUAAAACUCUCAUGUUGCGGCGCUAACCACAGCUAAACUUUGUGAAACAGUUGCUUUCUAAAAUGAUCGGUGUGUUUUCAGAUCAAAUUGACUAUGAAAAGCUACCUCAUAAAAAGAAAAGGACAAAUUUGCAACUUGUAUAUGACAGAAACACAGCAUAAAAUACUUAUUACAAAAAGAUAACAUGAUUUUAAUGUAUUGUUAAAUUGAAUAUUGACACCAAAAUAACAUAUAUCCACAAAUAAAUUAUAUAUUUGUGUAUUUUUUGUGUGUUUUUGCUACCCAAAGAUGGGGAACUGAGAUGAAAUAUAGUCUAAAAAGUGUGAGCAGGUUUUAAAAACCACAGAAGAUAAUCAAGGUAAUCUUUCUGCUUGUUGGCAAAUCUCACAUCAAAUGAACAGGAAUGAUGAGGCAAACAAAGGAAAGUCCGUUUGGGCUCAACAACACAACUCACAUGUGAAAUUAUAAAUGCACAUUUAUUCACCAACAAUAAAAAGAAGGACAGGAAGGCAAUGGUAAUUACUAGCAGACAAUAAAUGCAAUAAAAAUACAACACCAGAUGUUGGCAAGAAUCUGGCUGUAAUAUUACUUACUAGAUUCUGAAGGUUACUUGUUAAUAUCAAGCUGGGGGUGUGGGUGGGAGGGA